AUGAAGUACUGGCAACCGAAUAUGAACAACGCCCACAUGUUCUCGGCACACAAAGAUGAAGCGAUUCGAGGAUUGGCAUUCGCCCCAACCGACGUAAAAUUCGCGACAGCGUCCGACGACGGAACCGCCCGUGUCUGGGAUUUCGCGCGGUACUCAGAAGAACGAGUGCUCAGAGGCCAUGGAGCAGAAGUGAGAUGUAUCGAUUGGCAUCCGACGAAGGGAUUACUGGUGACAGGAUCACGUGACACUCAACAACCAGUGAAGAUUUGGGAUCCGAAGACUGGAUCGUGUCUGGCGACUCUUCAGGAGCACAAGAGUAGUGUGAUGGCGGUGGAGUUCAAUAAAAACGGGAAUUGGUUGUUGACGGGUGGAAGAGAUCAUUUGGUGAAAUUGUACGAUAUUCGGAUGAUGAAGGAGGUGAAGACGUUCCGAGCGCACAAGAAAGAAGUCAUUUGUGAGUUUGAGGAGGGACAUCUGGACAUGACAGACAUACAGGCAUCUGGAAGGCCGGGUAGAGAGACAUUUGGACAUCCAGAUUUACUCACAGACAGAUAG